AUGCAGUCAUUCCUUACUCUUGCAUUGCUUUUCGGCAGCACUUUGGCUGCUCCCUUGAACGCUGAGCAGAAUGAAGUAGCUCGUUCCGUUGAAGGCGCCGUUGGCCUGGAGAAACGUCAGACCCUUCCCCGAUCCGUAAUCCAGAUCAUUGACUUGGGCAACGGUGAAGACUCUGAGGCUUCUACCACCGAUGCUUUCGUCGAAACCACUGCUACCAGCACCACGGCCUUCGGAGUCCCGACUGUCGACCCUUUCGGUUCCACGGACGGAAGUCAACAGCCAGAUCCCGCCGGCCCCAUUAGUGGUCUGGACAAGAGACAACUCGAUGCCCUGACUGGACUUCUGGGAGGAUUGAAACCCGUACCCAUGAACAAAAGACAGCUCGAUGCUCUGACGGGCCUUCUUGGAGGACUCAGGUCCGAUCGCCUGAACAAGCGACAACUUGAUGCCGUCACCGGUCUUCUUGGUCCACUCCUCGGCGGGUUAGGGGGCCUUGGGGGUGCACCACCUGCCGUGCCUCCACCUGUACCCGUUCCAGGAGUUACCACUACCGCUGAUGCUACUACCACCGCUACUGGGGUCAUUUCCACUGCUAGCGAUGCUGUUCCUACCAACCUCGAGGAGUUCCCCACCUUUGGUCCUGAAUGA